CGCUCACAGUCGCCCCAUCUCUGUGCCGCGCGCAUCGCCGCCGCCGUCAGUCUGCCAUGGCGAUCCGCGGGGCGCGCGUCCUCCCCGGAGGGGUCCGGUCCGCGCACCUGUACCUGUCCGUGUGUGUGGCCGCGCUCUGGAUGUCGUCGCGCUGCUGUGACAGCGGCGCGCUCCCCGGGAGCCUUAUUAUCGAUAAACAUAAAGACUGUAAUGCUCGCAGCGGCGAUGAUGACGGAGACCGGCGGGGCUUCCCUCGCGACGACGACGGCGCCGCGGGAGACGCACGGGACGCACGAGACGGAGCAGGGGGUGCGCGAGCCGCGCGCUCCCGCAGGGCCAGUCUAUCCCAGGACAGAGUGUCGCUCCUGAGCAGCUCCUUCGUGCUCCGCGGCGACGCCACGCACAACCAGGCGAUGGUCCACUGGACCGGCGAGAACAGCAGCGUCAUCCUCAUCCUCACCAAGUACUACCACGCCGACUCGGCCAAGGUGCUGGAGAGCUCCCUGUGGAGGUCCAGCGACUACGGGACCACCUACGCGAAGCUCAACCUGAUGCCGGGGACCACCAUCGUCGUCACCAACUUCUACAUCUGUCCCACCAACAAGAGAAAGGUGAUCCUCGUCAGCUCCUCCAUCAACGAGCAGGACCAGAUGCUCUUCGUCAGCACGGACGAGGGGGGCUCCUUCCAGAGACAGCCGCUCACCUUCGGCGUGGAGACGCUCCUCUUCCAUCCCAAAGAGGAGGACAAGCUGCUGGCCUACAGCAAGGAGAGAAAGCUCUAUGUAUCGACAGACCUGGGAAGGAAAUGGACUUUGCUGCAGGAACGUGUGACCAAGGAUCGCAUUUUCUGGUCCGUGGCAGGUGUGGACGUUGAUCCUGACCUGGUACACAUGGAGAUGCAAGACACAAGUGGAGGCUUCCUGUACGUCACAUGCCACAUCCAGAACUGCUCAGACAAGAUGGUGACGGCGCAGUUUCUGGGAAAGAUCGACCAGAACUCCCUGUCCGUGCAGGACGACUACAUCUUUGUAAAGGUGACCACCGGCAACCGCACCAAGCACUACGUCUCGUACCGGCGUAACGACUUUGUCCAGAUGAGGUUCCCCAAGUACGCCUUGCCCAAGGACGUCCAGAUCGUGAGCACGGACGAGAACCAGGUGUUCCUGGCCCUCCAGGAGUGGUACCAGACGGACACGUACAACCUGUACGCGUCGGACCCGCAGGGCGUCUACUACUCCGUCGCGCUGGAGAACGUGCGGAGCACCAAGCAGCCCGAGGAGAACGUGCUCAUCGACAUCCUGGAGGUGCGUGGUAUUAAGGGGGUUUUCCUGGCCAAUCAGAAAGCGGACGGCAAAGUGACGACGCUCAUCACCUACAACAAGGGGCGCGACUGGGACCCCCUGACCCCCCCGGCCACCGACAUGAACGGCAAGGCGGUCAACUGCAAACCGCCCGAGUGUCACCUGCACCUGCACCUGCGCUGGGCCGACAAUCCCUACGUGUCCGGCACGGUCCACACCAAAGACUCCGCCCCCGGACUCAUCAUGGGAGCGGGGAACCUGGGCUCUCAGCUGGUGGAGUACAAGGAGGAGAUGUACGUCACGUCCGACUGCGGGAAAUCCUGGAGACAGGUGUUCGAGGAGGAGCAUCACAUCCUGUACCUGGAUCACGGAGGGGUGAUCGUGGCCAUCAAAGACACUUCGAUCCCGCUGAAGAUACUCAAGUUCAGUGUGGACGCAGGUCACACGUGGAACGUGCACAACUUCACCAGCACGUCUGUGUUUGUGGACGGACUGCUCAGCGAGCCCGGGGACGAGACCCUCGUAAUGACAGUCUUCGGCCACAUCAGCUAUCGCUCCGACUGGGAGCUGGUGAAGGUCGACUUCCGCCAGUCCUUCCCUCGCCAGUGCACCGAGGCCGACUACGACUCCUGGAAGCUCAUGGACCUCCGGGGAGAGCGUUGCAUCAUGGGACAGGAGAGGAGCUACCGCAGGCGCAAGGACUCGGCUUUCUGCAUCAAGGGCAAGAGCUUCACGUCGGCGCUGACGGCCAAACCGUGUCAGUGCACCGAACGCGACUUCGGCUGCGACUACGGGUUCGAACGUGCCCCCAGCCUCAAGGCGGAGGGAGACCGCUGCUUCGCCGACUUCUGGCACGACCCCGACGCGCCCCCCGAGGACUGCCACCUGGGCCACACCUACGAGUCGAGCACUGGCUACAGGAAGGUGGUGUCCAACGUCUGCGAGGGGGGGGUCAACAAGCAGCAGAGCUCCAAGCAGCACAGCUGUCCCCUCCUGCCCCCCAGAGGCCUGCAGCUGGGAAUCAAGGGCCAGAUGCUGUCUGUGGCGCCUGGCGACGACAUCACCUUUAUUGUGCACCAGGAGCAGGGGGACACGACCAACACCAAGUACCAGGUGGACCUGGGGGACGGCGUUCGGGCCAUUUACCGCAACCUGACGGUGACGGACGAGCCCAUCCAGCACCGCUACGAGAAGCCGGGCGUCUACAGGGUGACGGUGAAGGCCGAGAACGCGGCCGGACACGACGAAGCCACCGUCUAUGUGCAGGUCCACGCCCCUCUGCAGGAGGUCCACCUGGAAGUGGUUCCCAUCGCCGGCAGGAACCAGAAGGUGAACCUGACCGCUGUGGUGCUGCCUGCUGCCACCAACCUGACCGUCUUCUACUGGUGGAUCGGGGACAACCUGCAGCCCACCCUGUCCUUGGAGAGCAGCAUCGUCGCCAGGUUUCCCGAGACGGGCCAGGUGUCGGUCACCGUCCAGGCGUCCAACGGUCGCUCCGUGGUCCAGGACACCAGAAGCGUCCGCGUGUUCGAUCAGUUCCAGGUCGUCCCCCUGAGCUUCAGCAGGAACCUGGACCUCUUCAACCCCAACAUCCCCGAGUGGAGGGACGACGUGGGACAGGUGGUCACCAAGAUCCUCGCCAAGAUUACAGGUAUUCCUCAGGAGUCGCUCGUUACCAUGGUAAAACCAGGCCUGCCGACCACAGCGGACCUGUACGUCCUGCCAGCCGAGAGCAAGACGGCCAGGAGGAGCGUGUUUGUGGACAAGCGCGUCUCCUCCAUCAAGCAGGCGUUCGGCGAGAGCAACGUCACCUUCGUCGUCAGGGGCGGCUUGGUGGUGCGGGUGACCCUCGCUGAGCCCGACGCAGGGUCUCGGGCCGCCGUGGCUGGACCGGGAGUUUGGGCCCUCGUGGUCGUCCUCGUCAUCGGCCUGGUGGUCAGCGGGGCCUUUGUCCUCUACAAGUUCAAGAGGAAGCUCCCGGGGAGGAACGUCUACGCCCAGAUGCACAACGAGAAGGAGCAGGAGAUGACGAGCCCGGUGAACCACAGCGAGGACACGCAAAACAUCAUCCAAGGAGAGGAGUUCAUUGACGACGACCUCGACUCGCAGACCCUCGGUAACCACUCGGGAGUCGUCCUGAGCAUCACCUCGAGAGAACUGCACAGCUACCUGACCAGCUGAUGGGUGCCGGCCGAGCGCUCGGGAGCCGAAGAGCACGGACUCUGCCUGCUGUCUGAUGUUACACCAGUCUUGUCCCGACACCAGCGGAGGAAGAGGGACCCCGACCUGUCGAUAACCCCACAGAACCGCGGCGGCGAACCGCUUCCCUCUCUUUCGUCUCCCUGUAUCCUUUUCUCUGCUCCGAGAUGAGACCUCCAGCGGCGGCGGGGACUCCACCUUUCUGCUUCUGUAUUCCACGCCCUGGCCUCACUCGCUGUGCUCCCACUGGCCUCCGCCGACCUGCGGCGACGUCGGCGGCCGCACCCGGUGGGAACGUCACCUGAACUGUCUGACCGGCCCAGUGUCCACCGCCUCGACUGAAGCUCCUCCCUCCUCCUGCCCCGUGUUGCUCUGGCCCCUGUCCCUGCGGCUGCUCUUCCGCGAGACCACGGCAACGAGGAGAGCCGAAGAGAGUCAAAGGGACGGCGGAACGCGUGCGCUCUCCUCUUCCGCUUCUGCUCUCACUCGUGUGCCACGGUCUGUUCCUCCCUUUGGCGUCUCACUUUUUCCCCACCCGGUGUGGUUCUGCAGUUCAACGGAAGCUUCUCGGAGGGUCGUACAAGGGAGCCUUAAACUACUGGCUUUGUCAGCCUGACCCGGUUCAGAAAGGCCUGGCGAUCGUCCCCGUCUGUAAAACCAGAGCAGGAGCCCAGAAAGGAGCUCUGCAGCUCCUUGGUGAAACGGUCCUCUUUCCGCCCGUGGGCCUGCGUGCGAAAGACCGUCUUUCUGAACCUGAGCCAAGUGCGGCGUGAGCCAGCAGCCGUGGCUCACGCCGUCACUGGGGAAGCGCACGCACCCUCGCGGUGCUCGCUCUUGCAGUGGCGUCGGCGUUCCAGAGCCGGGGACCCGACGGGCCGCUGGAGCGAACGGCAACACGCGACGACGAACGCGCGAGGGACCCGAACCGCCUCUUAUUUACCGCUUGGAAACCGCGGGAGGUGGACGCCAAAAAGGGAAGUAAACGGUCAAGCAAUACAACACGUGUGUAAAUACUGGUCACGUUUCUGCCGGGGGGGUGUCCCGCGCGCGUCCAUGCAAGAGCUCAGCACCCUUGUCUCACCCCAGCGGAGCCCCCGGGCCCCCCUCGGUGCCAAGGGGGGCGUGAGCACACGGGCCACCGGUACAACCUUCUCACCAUGAACUGUAACCACACAAGCAGUAAUGGCGUGAGGCGCUGGGCUCUGAACGAGUCGUUUUCUACCUUUUAUACAAACCGUUUGUGUUUCCUUUUAUUUAUGUUAUGAAACGAUCGUAGCGAAACGUCCUUCAGCGUGUUCAGCGGAGAGGACCCGGCGUGGCCCCGUUUCCUCUCCUCCCACGAUGCCUCAGCCAUCGUGUCCCUUGUUUUUUUUUUUUUUUAAUAUAAUAUAAAAAUUUAUAGCACACACGUCCGUGAAACCAGAACAGUCGAACCCGUGUUUCCCCAGAAGGCCGAGUCGCAGUGCAGGAGGACGACGGUCGCCCGUGUGGCCCCAGCGCCUAUAUUAGGCCCCGAAAUGUGUGGACUUCCCCUUUAGUUUGAUUUGUACAUACAGAAGGAAACGUGUAAAUAGUUAUUCACCUUAAUACCAAAUUUGCACCCCUGUCCGGCACCCGCCGUCACUUUCCAGCACUUUCCACGAACCACGAUGCACUGAGCCGUUUGGGUCCUCCGUCCCCGUUCUGUCCGCGUUUGUUUCAAGUAUGAUUUGCGAUGGCGACACCGGACUCUCCGAGCGGUCGGUCAGGAACCUGUCAGAAGUUCGAACGCCGGCACCGAUGUGGUCCACGGGGGGCGGGGGUGCCGUCCCCAACAGCGGGACAAGGAGCCGGACACAGGAAGCAGAGCUCCGUUAGCCGUCGGUUUGAGAGCAGGGCAUUUCCUCUGUGUUUUCAGUCAAGAUCAGGUGCUGGACUCCAGUUCAGCGACUCUCACGUGAGGUGUCCCAUCAGGUGUCCAGUCAGGUGUCCAACUCAUCCGAGCACCACGUCCCACAGCUGGAGAAAAGGGCCCCGAUCCCAAUCAGUGGUCACAGCAACAUGCAGAGAAUUGCACUGAUCGCUGUAACAGUGUCAGCAGGGGGUGCACUGGAUACCUGACUGUGGAUCCAGGAGCCUUCAAGCUAGUCUGUGGUGUCCUCUUGUGCCCUGGGACGGGGGGGGCGGCUGCUGUAGGUAUUUGCCCCAGGAUGAGUGUCCUUCUGAGCCUGUUUGCUAUACACGCAGAGGAAGGUGUGAGGGAGUGUGUGUGUAUACGCAGAGGACGAUGCACCGCAGCAGAGCCAUUCAGGGCCACAAAGCUCUUAAAGGAGUUGUUUCAAUGAUUUGUGCACCGUGGGGGGUGGGGGUGCUCCCCCCCAGCUCUGACCUAGGAAGUCAGGAGCAGCACGGUUCAUCCACUCGCACCCGGGUGUUCCUACGGCCGCCUUAAGAACCUCUGCACUCACCGUGGGCCUCGUGGGGGCGUCGCCACUCACUCGCUCGAACCCACGACAGCCAACCGGGCCGCCACGCUGUAUAUAGUUGCUCCUCGUUUGUGACGCCCUCCCGUGAGACCCGUGUGCCGUCUGCUCGGCUUCUCCAGGCAAUACGAAGCCCUACCUGUGCAGGAGACUCACUGUCGACACAAAGUGUGUGUGUGUGUGAGAGAGAGAGAGAGAGAGAGAGAGAGAGAGAACCCAACCGUGCACGGUUCACCUUUUCAGUGUUUCACUACUCAAAGCAUAGCUCACAUAACCAGAUUAACUGCAAUCAUAACUGUUAUGAGUUUGUUCUCAGCCCUCAUGAUCCCAUCAAUAAAGACUAAACGUCCUUGAGUAAAA